GUAAACGUUUCCCUUAAGGUAAUAAUGGCUUCAAGUGAUGGUUGGGAUGCUGAAAAAAUGCUGGACCUUUACUUGCACGAUUACUUGAUGAAGAAAAACAUGCAUGAGACUGCUACAGCUUUCAGAAAAGAGGCUGGUAUUUCUAACCGUUCUGUUGUGAUUGAUUCUCCCCAAGGGUUCUUACAAGAAUGGUGGUCAGUAUUUUAUGACAUAUUUGCCUCAAGGCCACCAAAGCAUCAAGAGGACUCUGAGGCAGAAACCUCUGCUAAUAAGGCUGAAAUAUUGGAGAAUCAAUCACUAAAUUUGCGUUCAAUAUUGACGCCAUCAAUGAUAAGUCAGCAAAGGCCUGAACCGGUUCUUAUUCCGAGAGAUUUUGAUUCCAGUUUGCGUUUCCUUGAAGAUAAUCAACUGAGGCUUCCAAGCUCCUUUGCAGCCAGUUCUAGCCGUCAGCAACAACAGAUAAAUUUUGCCCACCAUCAAGUUAAGAGGGAACACAGUCACGGCAUUGCCUUGGGGAGAACCAUUCCUGCAAACCCACUCACCCCCUACGGCACACAGAAAGGCAUAUUUCCAGCAACUGGACCUGACACUGCAGGAUUGAAUGACUCCAUCAACCUAGCACCCCUUAAUGGGUGGCCUUUGGAUGCAUCAAACUAUCAGCGACAACUUCAGAUAUUGAAGUCUCAACCUGAGAUAUCAGCUCAAGGGCUGUCACAUAUGCCCAGAAACCUGACCCCUACUUUUCCUGGAAGCUCUGCCAAAUUCAAUUACCGUAAUCCUAUUCUUCCUAAGACUGAAAUAAAUGGGAAUAACAGACAGAUGAUGAUCCAGACGGUGCAAACUGAAGAACAACAAAACCAACAUAAUAUGCUACAGCAACAGCAGACCAGCAGAAAGAAGAAGAAAGUAUCACAUUCAAGGGUGCCAGAUAAGAAAUUGGAUCGUAUCACAGCUGAGAAGAAUAAACCUGUUGAUGACACUGUUGAGUCCUUUCUGUCCCAUGAUGAUGAUAAUGUUGAUAGUACAAGCAAACCUUUCAGUGUUUUAAGACACCGUUCUAACCCUUCCAAUGAAAUCGAACAAAAAGGCUUCACCUUUGGAGAGGUUAGUUGCCUUCACUCAAGCAAAAGCAAAGUCUUGUGCUGCCAUUUUUCAUCAGAUGGGAAGCUUCUAGCUAGUGCUGGGCAUGAAAAGAAGGUCUUGAUAUGGAAUAUGGAAACUCUUGAUUUUGUUAGAACUUCAGAGGGCCAUUCUCUUCUCAUUACUGAAGUUCGUUUUAGACCAAGUUCAACUAUAUUUGCAACAUCCUCCUUUGACAAAACUGUCAAAAUAUGGGAUUCUACCAAACCAAGCAAAUCACUUUGCAAGCUUGUGGGGCAUGCUGAACAGGUGUUGUCAUUAGAUUUCCAUCCUAGAAAGUUGGAUCUCCUUUGUUCCUGUGAUAGUAAUAAUGAGAUGCGGUUGUGGAAUGUCAACCAACGUUCUUGCAUGCAUGUUUCUAAGGGAGCUACUAAACAAGUUAGAUUCCAGCCUCAACGAGGAAAGUUAAUUGCAACUGCUUCAGGAAAUGUUGUCAAUGUAAUUGAUGUUGAGACUGACAAGCCCCAGUUCUGUUUAAAGGGACAUAACAAAGAAGUUCUUUCAAUUUGCUGGGAUCCAAGUGGCAGCUAUAUUGCCUCCGUCAGUGAAGACAGUGCACGUCUUUGGUCAAUGAUUGAUGGGGAAUGCAUACACGAAUUGUGUUCAACAGGCAACAAGUUCCAGUCCUGCACAUUUCAUCCAGUGUACUCACUACUCUUGGUCAUUGGUGGCUACCAGUCCCUUGAAUUAUGGAAUCCACUUGAGAGCAAUAAAACAUGGACAGUUGAAGCACACAGUGGAUUAAUUUCUUCACUGGCAGAUUCUCUACAGACUGAAAUGGUUGCCUCCGCAAGCCAUGACCAGUGCGUUAAGCUUUGGAAGUAA